UUCUGUGGUUACAACUUUUUGUGACGAAAUCUCAGCUGAACGAAAUGAAAUGUUUGAGAAAUUGUGCGUAUCAAUGUGAUUAAACAUGUUUUGCUGAGAACAAAUCUCAAAUUUUACAGUAAUGGAUGUAUAUUAAUUUGCUCAAAGUUGGAGAUUUAUUUAGUAAUAUUCUUUAUAGAAUGUUGAAUCCAGAAGUUUGGAAUUUUCAAGCACCAGCAUCAGUUUUUCAGAGCCAUAAAGUUGAGCGAGAUAUUUGUCUCAAAAAAAUACGACAAUUCAAUUUCGUACAUUCGGUUACCGUGAUAUUACCUGAUAUCUUGAGCGUUCCUGAUAGUUUUGGAUUAAAUUUAACCAACUGUGAUUAUUACAGAGUCAAUUCUCUGACCAUUGAUGAAUUGGUAAAACCAGACUUUUUGAAGAAUUUUUUAAAUUGUGACUUUGGGGCUGGAGGGGAAGGUGUCACAUUUUCAUAAACUAUCAAAAGGCAAAUAUAACAAUGCCGAAAUAUCGUCAGGUGACAUGUCUCCAGACGUUGGCUUUGAGAAGUGUUGGAAAUAUGGUCACAUUCCUAGCUCCUAAAAUGGUAGCAGAAUUCAAACUGAUCAAUGAUUCCCAACAAAUACCACAAUUGCUCCAAAUUAAGUUAGAUUUCCUGAAUGAUCAUUUGGUUUCUCAUGUCCCUUUCUAUUUAAUAGAUAAAAUGGCUGUGGAAGUUUUAAAAGCUGUGAAAAGUUUGAUAGAUGAAACCAAAAAGAGUUAUUAUGCGCGUACCAAUAUGUCCAAAUUUUUGAUAGAAAUGAAUGUUGUUGUUAAUUUAACGGAAGUAGUAUUAAAUAGUAGAUUAAGGGAAAUAGAUUUUUCUAAAUGGCCGAAGAUAAUGAGAUAUGUCCUUUAUAAGAAUUUAUACAAAAUGACAGGACUGGAAGUGUUAAAUUUAGGUUCCUGUCUGGAAGGAUGGAAAUCUUAUGAACAUGAUCGAAAUAUUUUGCAUGGUAUCAGUAAUAUGGGGAAUUUACGUUUUUUGUGUCUUUGUUUUGAUUGUACUGAUCAGAUCAUUCAAGUUUUAUCGGACAAUUGCCCCCACUUGCAGUGCCUUGAUGUUACAUCUUCUAGAUCUGUGACUGAUAGAAGUAUUCACUGUUUGUUAAAGUGCAAAAAAUUGAAGGAGUUGCAACUCCAUCAUACCUCCAUCACAAAUGAAGGCCUUGCUCAUCUUCUGAAUGGCCUUCCUAACAUACAGGAGAUUGGAAAAUGUGAUGAGUUCGGAGAUGUUGUCAAGCACUUGUAUCAUGAGUUGAAUGCAACAGGUCCAUUUGCUUUGAAGAAAAUUCAGACAAGGGAUUUAUCAAAUGAAAAUUUGAAACUUUUUGUUGAUAUGUUUCCUAAUAUCGAGUGUAUAAGUUUGUUUUAUCUUUCAAAUCAAGUAGCGGACUUUACAAUAUUUUCCUCUUUGGAACACCUGAAGGAAUUAAAGCUGUUAUCAUGUGCAUUUUAUGGUGAUUAUUUGAAGCAACUGCUGGAAGUUAAAGGCACCAAUAUCGAAAUUUUACAUUUGGAACAUGUUGAAGAAAUUGAUUACGAUGUUUUGGUGCACAUCAGUCAGUUUUGUCCAUUCUUGAAAAGUUUGGUUAUCUAUAAUUGUGAUUUUCUAUCUGAUAACAUUCUCCCUAUUAUCAAUUCAAAUACUUCUCCAUUUCAAUACUUGGAACGGUUGUUUUGGAUGGUAGAUGGCGCCCUGUCACACUUGGAAUACAUAUUGUCAAAUGCCUUCAACAUAAAAAAUAUCCACUUGGGUUCUUCUACAGGUAUAAACCAUUCUUCAAUGGUUAAAAUAUUGAAUAAAAACCCCAUGACGAAUUUGGAAGAGCUCAGAAUUCUAUUCAGUAAUGAUAUGAGUAUGGAAACAGUUGAUUUAUUAUUAUCAAAAUGUACAAAUUUGAAAGUUCUAUCAGAACUUGAAAGUUGGCAGGGUAUAUCUGUUGAGGAAUUGAAAUCUUUCAGAAGUCAUAUCAUAAAAAAAAAUUUUGAUUUAGAUAUACGACCAACUUUAUCCCGUUACUCAUAUCAGUGAAUUACGUUAAAAAAAUGCAAAAAUAUUAUUACUACAUAUUGAAAUGUAUCUAUUAUUAUUUGGUGCUCCAUAUUACUCUUUUGGUUAUCAUCUAUCUAUUUUUUUAUUCAAUUUGUAGAAUAAUGAAAAAACAGAACUUUUUCAAUUAUGUUAUGUGAUACUUAUACAAUAAUUAAUCAUCGGUGUGCAAACUGAUAUUUUACUGCUUUGUGUUGUAAAAUAUAUUCUGUGGAAUAAA